AAACGUUAACGUAGCUUACUUCACACAACUUCCUCAAAAAGACGCGAACAAAACACAAAACAAAAUCCGGAGGGAGGAUUAGCCCUGAAUAUACUGACUUCUGGUUUACUUGCAGUAUACAAAUUUACAUUAUUGGUUGCAUUUAUUGCAUAAAACUCGCGCGUGGGACGAAAUAUCCGGUUAUUAAAGCGUGAUUUCGGUUGUUUUUGAGUCACUGCGCUGACAUCAUGAAUGUGGAAGCUGCACAGGCGGCGCCGAGCGGAGCAACGAGCACCAACUCCUCAACCCCGAGCAGCACCAGCAACAACUGCGUCCCGAACAGCAACUCCGCCAACACUGUCAGCAGUUUACCUCCAACUGGCAGCACUAAUGUUCCCACUUCAGCGGCCAUGGCAACGCCAUCAUCCGACUCCUCUGUGUCCAACGGGCUCUACGUGCCCACGGGAUUAGCCAACGGGGACGUGAAGCCCGUCAUCUCAAGCACACCGCUGGCUGAUUUCCUAAUGCAGCUGGAAGACUACACACCCACAAUCCCAGAUGCGGUUACAGGAUAUUAUCUCAAUCGAGCAGGAUUUGAAGCGUCGGAUCCAAGGAUAAUCCGUCUGAUCUCAUUGGCGGCUCAGAAGUUUGUCUCGGACAUUGCUAAUGAUGCACUGCAGCACUGUAAAAUGAAGGGCACUGCGUCUGGAAGCUCCCGGAGCAAGACAAAGCAGGAUAAGAAGUACACACUGACGAUGGAAGACCUGACCCCAGCUUUAUCUGAGUAUGGCAUCAACGUUAAAAAACCCUACUACUUCACGUAAAAAAAACCCAAAAAACCUAACAUCCUGAAACGAACUGCUGAAAGUAACAUGGCUUCAUAAAGAGGUGUCCACACUGUAGAGACAUGACUUUUAACAGUGAAAACCUUUGGAUCCUUGUGACACAGAGAAGGCUGUGUGCUGGCUUUUCCUUUAUUUAGCAAUUUAUUUUAUUUUUUUUGUUUUUGUUUUACCAUGGAUGUGAUUCAUUACACAUUUGUAAUAUCGGAUUAAUGGAAAUAAAUAGAAUUUGUCACUUC